AUGUCGUCUUACGGCACCGCACUGCCCACUGUGGCACGCGGUAUUCUUUCAUCAUGCCGUCCAGCUCUCCGGGAGAAGUCAAUUGCCCCAUCUUUCUCGGUAUUCCAGCAAGUCCGAGGUGCGAAGAGCAACCCGCAAGCCAGAGGCAAGGGGAAGAAGGAUACCAAGUCGGAUCGGAAAGGUCCUCGUGAAUUCCGACAGAAGAACUUGAAGGACAUGGAGCAGUUUGCUCUUUGUGAUGCGAUGCGGUAUCUCCGGGCCGUUGAAGUCGGCCGCGAGCCCACAGUUUCAAAGUACGAAGUGCACAUUCGCCUGCGCACAAGGCGAGACGGCCCCGUUAUCCGAAACAUGAUCCGAUUCCCUCACGCUGUCCAAACCGAAUCCCGCAUCUGCGUCAUCUGUCCCCCCGGGUCAAAGCAAGCAAAGGAUGCGCUCGCCGCAGGAGCCAUCUUGGUUGGUGAGGACGAGGUGUUUGAGGCCGUAAAGGCUGGCAAGAUCGAGUUCGACCGCUGUCUUGCUCACCCCGACAGUCUGCCGGCACUCAACAAGGCCGCUCUGGGUCGUAUCCUCGGUCCCCGCGGCCUGAUGCCGAGUGUGAAGACUGGUACCGUGGUGGAAGAUGUGGCUUCUCGUGUGGAAAUGCUGCGCGGAGGUACCGUUUACAGAGAGCGCGAUGCCGUCAUUCGGCUGCCCAUCGGCCAACUAGGCUUCUCUCCGGAGCAACUGCGCGACAACUUGCGCACUACCAUUGACCAGAUCAAGAAGGAUGCCUCUGGGCUCAAUGACCGCGUGAACAAGGAGAUCUAUGAAGUGGUCCUGAGCUCCACCCAUGGCCCCGGAUUCAGCUUGAACGGCGAAUUCAAGACCGACAACUCCCCCGAAACCUCUGCCUUGACCGGCGUGUAA